AUGUAUCACUUCUCGAGUAGUAUUCUCGUCAAUUUUUUCAGUACCGAGCUUUUCCAUGGUUCUGUAGAUUCCUUUUUGCAUCGCAUUACGCUCUACUCAUCAUCAUCAGCAGCGCUUGUAAGAAAGGAAGUCAAUUUCGAUUGUUCAGAUAUGAUUCUUUUUGACAAAGUUGCUCUACCAGAGUAUGUGACCAAUUUGUGGCAAUGGGAUAUCGAGUGGGAAGAGGAGAAUCCUGACUACCGCUGCCUUCUCGGUCGUGCACAUGUUGUGAACGCUGCCAAAGUCCUUCUAUGGUUCGAAAUAUUGGUCAUACCACUCUAUUUGAUCUUCCUCUUCCCAUGGUGGAUUUUCUUCAUAGUGCCCCACGUCGUCAUUAUCGUGCUCACUUUGUACGCGUUGAAAAAGGAGAAGCACAGAUGGAUGUGGCCAAUUAAUCUCUAUGCGGUGAGUGCCUUUCUUUAUGAGGUUUUCUUGAAGUUGAAGUGUAUUUGCCAAUACAAUUUUUGA